AUGUCUACAUUUGGUGGCUUCUCCGGCUUUGGCCAGAGCAACAACCAGAAUACAGGUGGUUUUGGCAGCACUAACAACAACUCUACCACGUCAGGCUUCGGUUCGGGCUUUGGAACCUCAUCUACGACAACAAAUCCAUUUGGAGGUGGCGGUGCUACAGGUGGCUUUGGGUCUGGAGGCGGUUUCGGUCCAAGCUCAGGCGGUACCUCGCUCUUCGGUCAAAGCAAACCAGGCUUUGGUGCCACAACAUCGGCAGGCACUAGUCUAUUCGGCAACACUGCGACCGCUGGCUCAGGCGGCUUCGGGACCGGGAGCAGCCCAUUUGGUGGAACAACAGUUAAUAGCAGUCCCUUUGGAGGCGGCAAUACCGGAGGGGGCUUCUCCUUUGGGCAGUCCAAACCUGCCUUCGGAAGUGGAGGUGGGACGGGGCUGUUCGGGUCAUCUAGCAGCGCUACUGGCACAACGGGCUUUGGAAACACUCAAACCAAUCCAUUUGGCCAGGCAGGUGUAGGGACGGCAUUAGGACAAGGCGUACCGCCCAGUGAAGGCACUGCCAUCACACCUUUUAAUCCAACAAACGAGAAGGACCCAACGGGCAAUGGGACGAACAGUUUUCAGAGCAUCAACUUUAUGCCAGCAUACUCAAAGUACUCUUUCGAAGAACUUCGCCUGGCAGAUUACGACAAAGGCAGACGGUACGGAAACGGUAGUGGCCAGGCAGGAGGCUUUGGUGGGGGUGCAUUCGGAGGAGGCACCUUCGGAGGACAAACUUCCACAGCGUUUGGUGGAACCGGAAGCAGCAAUCCUUUUGGCGCAACAAGCUCUAGCGGAACCGGUUUUGGACAGACCUCUACCGGCGGCUUCGGCAGCGGCGGCUCCACCAGCUUUCUCAGCACGAACAAGCCGGCAGCUGGUGGGCUCUUCGGUGCACAAUCCACCUCUACUACCUCUGGGGGACUGUUUGGUACAGCACCUCAAAGCACAACUUCAGGGUUUGGAAGUACAGGAGGCGCCUUUGGUCAAGCUGCAACCAGCUCGAAUCCUUUCGGUGCCAGUCAAGCCCAAAGCAAGCCUGGCCUCUUCGGUGGCACCAGUGGUGGUCUUGGGAGCAGCACUACGGGAGGCGGCCUAUUUGGUGGUGCUGGCUCGACUGGCUUUGGAGCUAACCAGUCAACGCAGGGCUCGAACCCUUUCAGUGCUUUUGGCACGCAAAACCAACAGGGUCAGCAAGCUCAAGAUCAGAACAAAGCCGGAGGUCUCUUCGGAAGCGGAGGCUUUGGGACUACGCAAGCGUCCCAAGCACAGCCCUCUGGUGGUCUGUUUGGCGCAACUCAGCCUGCGACAGGUGGUGGUGGGCUCUUUGGCAGCGGUACGACAGGGCAAGGCUCGACUGGGUUUGGAGCAAGUGGUCAGAGUACUGGUGGAGGUCUUUUCGGUGGAUCUGGCACGCAACAACAGAAGCCAAGUUUGUUUGGUGGAACCGGAUCUUUUGGAGGUACGCAGAACCAAGGCACUGGCGGACUGUUCGGUGGAACUGGCACUACCUCCCAACCACAAGGAGGUGGGCUUUUCGGCGGGACUCCCGCAAACAAUGCUGGUGGUCUGUUCAGCAACACCCAGCAGCAACAGAAGCCCAGUCUGUUCGGAACCAGCCAACCUAAUCAACCCGCACAGAACAACAGUCUUUUUGGUGGGCAAUCCACCAACAGCCUGUUCAAUACCUCCCAACAGAGCCAACAGACAGCCCAACAACCUCAAGCGUUUCAUUCUUCGCUUUUGGAUGGCAAUCCUUACGGGCAGUCCUCAAUCUGGUCUGGGCUCCCGGAAGCCACACCACAGAACUCUGGGCCGCUUGUUACCCCUCUGUCUGCCAGCCAGCGCUUAAAGGAAAGCCAGAUGAAAGCAAUCCCAUCUUUCAGGUUGUCCUCGUCCAAAUUGAUGACUCCUCCACGACGCUUAGGCUAUGGCUUCACCUAUUCCACUUAUGGCAGUCCGAAUAGUGCUGCAAGCACACCAAGCGGAGGAGGCUUGAGCAGUAGCAUGUAUGGCAGAAGCUUUACCGGCGGUAGUUUUGGCCGAUCUAUGGGUAAAAGCUUCUCUGCAAGCAAUCUGCGGCAGCAAUUUGCAGCAGAUGGUGAAAGCGUCCUAAGUCCAGGUGCUUUUGCUCCUGGCAGCUCCAGAUACUCGAGCGGAAGCAUUCGGCGACUAACCAUCGAUCGCAACCUCAAGACGGAUCUUUUCAGCCGUUCAGCUCCAGCUCAGCCGACUCUGCCAGCUCCAUCAAGCAGCGCAAAUCGUGUCGCGAAUGGCGCCACGACCAGUGCCACGAAUGGGGACAAUACAAACAGUAACGGCACUACAGAACAGCCGAGCAAGCUCAAAAAGCGCGUCAGCUUCGAUAAAGACGCAACUGGCGGCACACAGGAUGGUUCCAUAAAUGGUGUGAAUGGUGCCUUGGUCCGUACGGAAGAUGAGAGUCCAGAGCCAAGUGCUGAAGAACAGGGAUUCCUCCGAUCCUCCCGACGAGGUAAUCCAACCGAUGGAAGUGCUUCCGCUCCUCCACAGAUGGAGCAGGUUCGUGGCAACGAGCUGGCCGUUGUGCCUGAAGAUCGUGAGACGGACAGUGUUGUCUCAAAAAUGCGGCUGCCCAGCGAUGCACCGGCCGCUGUUGAUCCCAAACCUGGCGAAUACUGGAUGAAACCAUCUCGAGGAGAGCUUUCCAAGAUGCCCCGCGAGAGACUGCAGCAUUUCAAGGGUUUCCAGGUUGGACGACAGGGAUGUGGCUACGUCACAUUCGAGGACGAGGUCGAUCUUACCACAGUCCCUCUGGAUGAUCUGUUUGGGAAGAUUGUUGAAAUCAGAAUCCGAUCUAUCUCAGUCUACUCCGACGCGCACAACAAACCACCGCGUGGUAAAGGACUUAAUGUGCCCUCUACCAUUCAUUUGGAGAACUCGUGGCCUCGCGCUCGUGGUGCCCCUUCGUCUGCCACCAGUGGACCUUUAUUUGACAGACACAUUGCUCGGCUCAAGAAAAUGCCAAACACGCAAUACGUCAGCUACGACACUCAAACAGGAGUCUGGACCUUCCAGGUACCUCAUUACACCCGCUACGGACUCGACUUUGAUGACGAGGAUGAAAGCGGCAACGAAUCUCUUGACAGCGCGCUCAGCGACCUUCCGGAGGAUAUCACCGAGCCUGGUCAGACGUCUCGAGCUGAACAUGCAGCUGACAGCAUGAUGGAUGUCGAUGGGCACACCACUGAAGAUUCUUCGCCGGAAGAGGACACCUUCGAAUUCAGAAAGACGAGCGUACCGGGCGACUUCGACCGCCAUUCUGCCAUUGACUACCAUCAGGACGAAUCUGCUCUGGAUGAUGUUGCCGCGAGUGGAGUCUCGGGCUCUGACAAGUCAUACGAAUCAGAUGAACAAGACUCAGGCGAGGAGAUGAACAUGGCUGGAUCCUUUCCGCAACCAAUGCAUCCGACUGAUGCCCUGGACACUCCGGCUAAGUCGGCGAUGAAAACCAGCCAACACCCAUGGGACACACCCGGUCGGCCUUUGAUUGAUCUCGAUGGUGAUUGGGCAGAGCAGCUGCAACGCACUAUCAGUCCUCGUAAGCAGAAUCGAGAAGCACUGCGGGAAGUCCAGGGAAAUGUGCUCCUGCACCGAGUCAGCUCACCCACGAAACAACAGACUGUCAACAAGCAGAACGAAAUCCGAACGAAUAUCGAUCUAAUGAAUUCCUUGUUCGGUCAGCAUGAGGAACGGAUGGCUUUGAGCAGGCAGAAGAUUGAAGGAGAACAUGUGUUUACCGGGUCAGACGUUGAGCCCAUUCAUUAUCCCUAUGCCAAACGUGCUAAGACAUUCGACGCGAACGCUGAGAUGACUAGCCCGGACCAGAAGUGGCAUAACUCUUUUCCCGUGAAGUGGACACCCACUGGAUCACUGCUUCACGCUUGGGAGGGUCUAUCCCCUGCCACGGCAGAGCAUGCCUGGACAUGGCGCGACACCAACCUCAACAUCAGCCGGAAAAGAGACAUCGUUGAGAGUUCUCUGAUUGGCGACGGUCGAACAUCUUACAACAAUUCUGAAUGGGGGUGGCACAAUGCAAAGAUCACCGUCGCUGAUGAUGUUCCGUUGGCAAAGCAGAAACCUCUAAAGUUUUCAACAUUCUGCGAGCAGAUUACGCAGCGUGACCAGCAGGUAGGUCAGACCGACGAAUCCAAAUCGGAACUAGACAUCUACGAACUCGCCCAUGUCCUGUUUGACAAGUAUGACGACAAAUUCUCCAAGGGUCUGAAUCCAUCGCAGAAGAGCAAAUUUGCGGAACGAAUCCGAAAAGACAGGUUGUCAGAGUUCUGGGCUGCUUUGAUUCAAGAAAAGCAUGCAGAGCAGCUGCAGAGCACUCCGAGUGAAGAAAAUGCCAUCGCCUUACUCACUGCACACCAGAUCCAUGAUGCUUGUCACCGGCUCUCUGACCUAGGCAGUCCUCGUCUGUCAAUAAUGAUCGCUCAGCUCGACGCCGCUGAUGAGCAGUUUCAGUCGGACAUGGCAGGACAACUUCAAGCAUGGCGAGAUCAGAACAUGGUCUCAGAGAUGAGCGAGCCGAUUCGCGCCUUGUAUGAGCUGCUUGCAGGCAACACAACAAUCUCGGAGGGGAAGUCUCAGGGCCCCCUCGAAAAUCGUGCAUCAACCUUUUCCAUCUCCGAACGAUUCAACCUCGACUGGACGCAAGCGUUCGGCAUGUGUCUAUGGUACGGUAAAGCCAAGAAUGGAAAUAUAGAAGAUGCUGUAAAAGAGUUCGCCGAGAAGUUGGCAAGCAAGCAAGAAUCCGCUGUGCCUUUCCCAGAUGGGGGGAGUGGUGGCGAGCAACAACACCCUCUUUGGGUACUCCUACAGCUCUAUGCCGCCACCAAAGGAGCGCAAGAAGAUGCCCCUACCCUCCCACAAGCUCUUGCACCGCUAACCCGCGCCUUCGAUAACCGCAUUCCGUUUCAGCUCUACCACGCCCUCGUCGCGAACAUACCCAGUCUUCCCAUCUCUUCCGAAUUAGCAGACAAACUGGCAAUUGACCUCUCUUUCCAGCUCUCUGCUUCAUCCUUCCCCCUUGGCGCCAUCUUUGCCUUGAUGCACAUCUCGGAACCCCACAUCCGCGAAUACCACAUCCGAGAUGUCCUUAUCCGCCAUGCUGCCACAUUACCCCAAAUGCUCGACCGCAAAGCCGCCGAGAUCGACAAACAGUGGCAGAUCCUGAUCGAAAAACUCAAGAUACCCGCGACGUGGAUAUGCAGAGCCAAAGCGUUCUACUUCCGUGCCAUACAUCAGAGUCUCAAUGAGUUGAGGUAUCUGCUCCUAGCACAAGAAUGGGUUGAGGCGCAUGAAUGUCUCUGUCGCAGGGUUGCGCCACGAGCCGUCAUAGAAGAAGACUGGGAUGUCAUCAAGGUGAUGGUGGGGCAGUUUGGAAACCAAAUCAAAGAGCGGGUACAGGAUUGGGGUACUGGUGGUGGCAUGUACGAGGAUUUCGUGAUAUUGAUCGAUUCAGAGAAUAGCACGAUAGAGACUAGGGAAGGGAGUCAGGAAAGAGAAGCGAGGAUCAAGAGGCUGCAAUCUGCGCUGGAGGAGGUAGGCAGGACGUUCAAGAAGAGGGGCAGCAAUCUCACGGCGGGAGGAUUAGAGGAAUUGGAACAGAGGGUUGCGUGUCAGGAAAUGGCGAGGAGAGUUGCGGAUUUGGUUGCGCGGGACCAGAAACAGAGCAGCCUUCUUGAACUGCCACUCACGGCGGAUGCGAAACUCGGUCACGCGACGGAGUUGGCCCGACGACAUUACCGUGCUGUUAUGGCGACAGCUCGUUAA